AUAGGACACAUAUACAAAGUCUUUACAAAAUUUGUUAUUGAAAUCAAAUCUUAUAUUCUAUAUACAGAUAAGUAGUGAUUAGUCGUACACAAUCUUAUUAUUUCGUUCUAUUGCGCGACAUGUUUGAUGUUCAUUUCGCGUAUUAUUCCUUUAUAUUAUGUAUUAUGUUAACGACAUUGGAAGAUCUCAAAAAAUGUCGUGCGUAAUUGUAAAAGCUUCGUCAGAUUUAUAUUGGAAUCAAUAUCGACUAGCUAGGGUUUCUUAUCAUUAAUGUGAUAAAGCUUAUUUGUUUCUCCCAUUGGUAUGGAGCCAGGUGCUAAAGUUCCUUUGCCAUUAGAACCUAUAAAAUCAAAUCAGGUGGAAGAUAGAAGAUUAUGGGUGGGUAACCUAGAUCUAAGGAUUAAUGAGUACCAACUCCUGAAACUCGUCCAAAAACAUGGAACAAUCGAAAAGUUCGACCUGCUAUUUCAUCGGUCAGGUCCACAAGCUGGUCAACCAAGGGGAUAUGCAUUUGUUACUUAUAAAAAGAUAGAAGAUGCUGAAGCAGCAAAAGAUGCUUUACAUAAUCUAAAAGUAGGUGCUAAAAAUAUAGUAGUAAGAUGGGCUCAUAGUGUCACAGAGCCUGACAUAGAAAAACCAAAGCCAAAAAUAGAUAUACCUGCCUUAGCAGGUGCAAAAAAAGAAGAUAAAAAAAUAAGCCGUGAGACUGCUAUCCAGGCAAUAGAAGCAAAACUCAAAUUAAUGAAAGAAUCAGAAGAAGAAUUUGAAUUGAACAAACCUUUGGAUGGAUCUCCUAUCAUACAUCUAUAUCAGAGAACAGAAAAUCAAAAACCGUCCACAUCUACACGCCAUCAUAAUCGUGGAAACCAUCACCACAAUAACAAGCCAUAUAAUCGUUAUAAGCCAAGAAGAUAACUCAAAUUGUCUAUCCACAUUUUUCAUAA